CAUGACCCUCUCCUAUUUUGACACCUGUCCUGCCCCUGCUGGGGUUAGAGGAGCAGCAACUAGAAGGGGAUGAUCACCUAAGCCUCUGAUUUUCCACCAUGGGCAGUAAGAGCAGCAAACCUGAGUCGGAGAACACUUCAGAGAACAGCGAAACAGAAAGUCAGACCAAAGCAAAAGGAAAGAAAAAUAAGAAGGAUAAAAAAGGAAAAGGUGAUAAGUCUGAUGAUGAAAGCAAAUCAAAAGAUAAAAAAACGAAAAACAAAAAGAAUAAAAAAGGCAAAGGUGAUGAGGAUGGUGAUGAAAGCAAAUCGGAAGACCCAAUACCGAAAGACAAGGAGGAUAAAGAAGACAAAGGUAAUGAGGAUGGAGUCGAAAGCCAACCAGAAGACAUAAAAGAGAAAGACAUGAAGGAUAAAGAAGACAAAGGUGAUAAGUCUGAUGAUGAAAGCCAAUCGGAAGACAUAAAAGCGAAAAAGAAGAAAGGCAAAAGUGAUGAGGAUGGUAAUGAAAGCCAAGCAGAAGAUAAAAAACAGAAAAAGAAGAAGGAUAAAAAAGGAAAAGGUGAUAAGUCUGAUGAUGAAAGCAUAUCAGGAGAUAAAAAACAGAAAAAGAAGAAGGAUAAAAAAGGCAAAGGUGAUAAGUCUGAUGGUGAAAGCCAAUCGGAAGACAUAAAACCGAAAAAGAAGAAGGAUAAAAAAGGAAAAGGUGAUGAGGAAGGUGAUGAAAGCAAACCAAAAGAUAAAAAAACGGUAAGGCACAGGCACCUCCACUCCAACCAGAGAAAAGUAAAAAGGAUAAGAAAGGCAAAAGUGAUAAGUCUGAUGAUGAAAGCAAAUUGGAAGAUAAAAAAGCGAAAAAGAAAAAGAAGAAGAAGAAACGCAAAGGUGAUGAGGAUGGAGACGAAAGCCAACAGCCUCCUUCUGACUCUGAGCUCAAAGCCACAAAGAUCCAGGCCUGGUGGCGGGGCACGCUGGUGCGCCGCGCGUUGUUACAUGCUGCUCUGAGAGUUUGGAUCAUUCAGUGCUGGUGGAGGAAGAUAAUGAUGACUCUGCAGGAAGAGAAGCAAAAGGCAGCAUUGCUGUUGUACAUACAGAAAAUAAGGGCCAUUGUGAAGCUGCAGUCCUAUAUACGAAUGUGGCUUGUUCGACAGCAAUACUCUCGAUUAUGCACUGCUGUUCGCAUUACCCAGGAUUAUUGGCGUAAUCAUGCUCACCCGGCCCCUGGAUUUUUCCAGGGCAGCUAUGAGCUCAGAGAAAAUCAGCUAAAACUUCAUCUUGACAUUUCUAUGGGAUCACACAUUUGUCGGAUCACAGAUUGCAUCCCCUUCCCAAUAAAGAACUGACCAGGUCUGCUCCAAA